AGAGAUAAUAAUUUAAAUUUAUUUUUCAUUUGUUGGAUAAUAGAGAGAUACCAAGUUACAACCAAACGGGUAACUCAGUCAUUAUAGAAAUGGUUAGAAGGAAUAAGCAUAGAGCGGGCCGCCGAAAAAGGGAAAGAAUCGAGUAUCUGCUGCAGUUGCGUCGAGCUCAAUUUUCCGACUUCCUGCGCAACCUGGACGACCAACCGCCUAGUCGAUCUGUAAGCCCUGACAAACGGCAGAGCGAAGAAACCGCUACGCCAGAUCCUUCAACGUUAACUCAGGAAACCUCUUCAUCUCAGUUACCAUCACACUGCAGCGAGUCCUCGCCGCAAGUUACUGAAUAUACAUCUUCCCCAGAAGAAUCUCACGCAUCUACGGUGAAAGUUUUUGUAAAAGAAAAUCAGCCAGUUGAUUCAACGGGUGAUUCAGAUAUUGAAUUUAUCGAAGAAAUUGAAGUUAUUUCUAAACCUCCCUGUGAUCCUAUAAUUAAUGCAUAUUUUAUGAAGAUAGAAAAACUUGUUAGAAUUACACUAACAGACAGCACCACAAACACGAGUGUAACACACGAAUUUCCAGACGAAAUGGAAUCAGAAUUUGAAUAAUAAAUGACAUUGAUUAUGUUAUACUAA